AUGGCUUCCUCCUCCCACAUUGCCCACGAUCACCAUAUGAACGAGCCGGCUGCAAAGCUGGACUCAUUUAUGUUUGACAAUUCUGGCCUCACACCCUACUGUGGCGAUUCCGUUGGUCUGGAUGAUAUUGACUUCAUUGGUUAUUUGGCUUUGGGACCUGGGCCGACUCUGUACCCUCUAUAUUAUCGACCGAUGCUACAUAAUACUUUGACAGUGCCCAUUUCUCUAUACGCUUAUGUGCUGACACCAGUCAUCCAUCGUUCGGCCUUGGAAACCAAACAGAGCACAGAAGUUCCCAUCUACAUUAAGUCUUUUCAUGCUACGAAUGCGCAUUUAAAUUUGCCUACGAAGUCCAUGAGGGUAGGUCCCGAUAACCAGUUCUAUGUUGUGUACGACUGUCUUGGUCCUAACAACCCCACCACUGUCGUUCAUCUCGCCCGGCAUCCUACUGGUUAUUACCCUUGGUCCAACAUUGAUUUCACAGUCCUUGCAGCCACAUCAGAUGCCUACAACAGUAGUGGUGUUGCAAUAAUCCCUGGUUCUUCCACCCUCAUGACUUCGGACGACGUAACUGAAGCCGACAGUUUAAAUGAUGCCUCCAUGUUGGAUGAGUCUUGCGGCAACGAACAUUUGAUACCUGGAGACCCAACCAGUGCCCAUGCAUCCCAAGCAGCCACAUCGAACUCGCCAACUAUCUAUUCAUGGAUUUCAUACUCAGGCAACAUGUUACCCAGCACCGCUGCCAGUACCCAUCAAGUCCACGCAAAUCACAAAUCAACUCCCACUUCCAAGCGAAAAAAAGCGAAAAAAGCUGCUGUACCCGAAGGGGGCCUCAAGAGAGUCAUGAAUAAUUAUCCGAAGUGGAAAUUGGCCCUUGCCUACCUCCGGGUGCUGCUACGUAUAGCAGUUUGCAUUGGUGAAAUCCCAAACCCCCACCGGCUCACUUUUGAAAAUCGGGCAGAAGCUAUUCGCAAUGUCUGGCCUUGGGCUCUCCUUCGGGCUAAUAUUGAUUCCCGCGAUUUGGAAGAGGGUGGGAAGCUAAAUUUCUCUGACACGCUAGACAUACUGACCCCCUUCUCAGUGUUGUCGCUUACCACUAAGACUACUAUGUCUCAUGACGAUGUAUUGAAACUCCUCAUCCCAGAACAGGCCAACCCAUCACUCUCAGAGUUUGUCUACGAUACCAAGCGCUUGGUGUCAUGCUCGAUCAGCCAUGCUCAGGCAGGCUUCAACCUCGACGACUUAGGUGCAGGCAUCUUAUUGCUCGACAUGAUUCAAACUCUGCUCCAGCAGUUCAUUAGACCAAAAUCGAAUGUUCUGCCGAUUAGAGAAAACGGUUUUGCUUGGUUCCUCACCCACCAAAUUGCCAAAGAGAUCAUGUGGCACAUUGUUUUUCGUACAACUAGCACACACGCUGUUCGACUGGUGUUGGCUGAUCUGGAGCCAACAAUGUUUAGAAAUGUAGAUCACCCACCCUUUCUGACUAUGUCGUUUCUGGGGUCCAGUUGUUACGGUGCUCUCCUGCUGAAAUACACAACCUUAACGGAAAUACCCGUCGAUCUACUACAAUAUCCACACCCGGCUCAGGUGUACGAAGAGCUCUGUGAGAUGGCUGUCACACUUGUCCACGAGCGCAAUGACGAGGGUCACCCUGAGCUCAUGUUCAGCUUGGCCCAAUUGUGCAACAUUAUCCAGAAUGGUGGCGACUAUGUUACUCAAAAGAGUUCGUCGGAGGAGUUUUGCCUUUCUUCUGCAGAUGUUCUAUCCGCCUUCCCUGCAUCUACAUCUGCCAUUGUAUGCAAAUCUGAAUACUGCUGGGAAUCUGUCCAAGCUUCCCCAGACAGUUGCAAAUUUAAACUUGCGACCACGAGGGUUCUACAACUCUUCCGGGGCAACACUAUCAUCAUGAGGGGGAAAAAUGUUGCGACACCAUACUCAUUCGCCCGAGCUCCGGUUAUGUCGAAGGACAAUCGCAUUCAGGGAAUACACAUCGUACCAUUCGACAACUCCAUCAAAAGUCUCAGUGAUAACAUCUUCAAUGUCUACCUUGAACUCUACUUCCUCGAAGCUAUUACCCCUGCUGUCCUUGCUGGUGUUGAUGUGACUCAUGCGGAGAACGAGACUGGCUCAUUCUUGAUCAAUGGCCCGCCAGACGAAGCUGCAGCCAAGUUUCUCCGCCGAAUCUCCGAGUUCGAUCACUGCCAGCUUCCAUACUCCCUCUACACUACAGCUUCUGUGCUGUUUGAAUCGGUCGACCCACACGAUCUGAUAGCUCUCCUUGACAUGAGCAUCAGGGAAAUCGCCAUGCAGACGCAGCUCCAGCAAGAGGACACUCCAUCGCUUGCUACAAAGCUCCCCCUGGAUGCUGUCGACUAUGAAGGAGUAUGUCAAGAAUCUCCCUCGGUCAAAUUCGACUGUCCCAGACGCAUAGAGGCUGUCCAAUCCAAAUGCAUGACAUGGCUUUCCUCCUGCCGCAAGGCAUCGCUUCUGAUGUCAUCACGUUUUCAUGACACUACAGCAGUUGGUAACAAAGCUAGCCGAGUACUUAUUGACCCCCCGCAACAUGUAAAUGUUUCUUGCUGCCAUGAAAACCUCUCAAAGCCAGGUGAUCCAAUUCUUCACCUACCUGGUUACUUGAAAUCCCAUGUUGAUGAUAUGGCACGUCGUGCAUACGUGAGCGCAUGCCUUGCGGAAAUCAACAGACCUCUAGGCACCGGUACUGGUAACGAUAACAGCAACCACUUCAGAGCAGAGAGUAAAACACUGGAUGAACUCAAGUAUGACUUCCGUUGUCUUCUUAGAUAG